AUGGCGGGGAAUCCCAACUCCAGACCUGUAAUAACAACCAGCAGUACCUCUUACUGGGAGUUCAGGAAUUCAAGCACAGAAGGGACUCAAUGGUACGACAAACAGUUCAUGCAGAACAUGCCCAAGUACCUCAUCGUUGUUGAAGUUAUUUUGGGGCUCCUGGUGUGGACUCUGAUCGCAAGCACACGGUAUUUUCGGUUUUCUGAAUUUGGAUGGGUGAUGUUUGUGUCUGUCUUCUGUUGGCUUCUCACGCUCUUCCUCCUCAUCAUCAGCUUGACCAAUAGGCAAAUCCAACAUGAGUCUUGGCCAACAGUAGUUCUUGUUUUUAACUGCAGUGCCGCUUUACUGUACAUGUCGGCUGCUAUUGUUGAGGCAACAAUGAUAGAUCAUGAUGUCAAAGGUCAUCAUGAUUACAACUGUUGGGCAGCUUCAACGUUUUUUGCAUUUCUCAUUUCUCUGAGUUAUGCUGGUAGUGCAUUCUUCAGUUUCAAAUCCUGGCAGAGCAGAGAUGAAUAAAGCUGACUUGUGAUUGGUAGUUUCUGGUUAGUUUAAAAAUAUAUGGACACACUCUGAGGAAGGCUUGAUGGCCGAAAUGCAUCAGUGUGCAGUGUUUUAGUCAUCAUUUUUAAUGUUUUCUAAGUAAGCCAUGCUUUGAAUAAAGGCUUUUUAUAUUUUUGAACUGGAAGUAGUGCCUUGGGUUCUGAUUUAUUAAAAAUAUAUGGCUCGAUAAAUGUUUAAGACUUAAGAAAUGAACAUGUUUGCUUUUGUACUGUUCUGCUUUGUAAUGCAUUUGUAAUGUUUAAUGUAAUUCUAGUUUUUAGGGUUAUACCAGUUGUGAAUAAACAGACAUUGAAUGUUUCACAGUUUGCAUUGAAUGCUGUUUAAUGUAAAUCUUUAUCUACCGUACUUUUUAUGUAUUGGAAAUCCUCCUGAUAUUAAGACUGUAACUUCACUGAUGUAGAAUUGUUCUGAAAGUUUUUUAUGAAGAAUAAACGUGCAAUGAUUUUUACAUUUAUAUCUCAACUAUGCUCAUUAACUAUAUAGACUAUAUCGAGGUUUCGGGACAACUGCCUAUUACACCAAUAGGGACUGUUAUUGCAAUCUAAACAUAUCUCUAUUUAUUUCAUUUCAAAGGUGUUUAAUGGGGUUGAGUUCAGGCUUCCGUGCAUGUCACCCAAGUUUCUGCACACCAAACUCAUCCAAUCACGUCCUUACUUUGUGCCCUGGUACAUGAAGAAUAAAAUAAGGGCCUUCCAUACUGUCCCCGCAAAGUUAGAAAUGUAGCAUUUUCAGAAAUGCCGAAUUAGGACCAUAUUUAUAACUUGGGGCCAGUUGUUCAAAAGUAAUCCAUUUGGAUUUCGGCUAUCGGAUUAGAUCCAAAUUUUAAAAUGGGUUGUUCAAAACAAAAUAAUGGAUUCUGAAUUUGGAUUGGAUCACAAAAUCCAAUCAAAAUCUAGGUUUUGAUCUGGAUCAGAUUGUCACUUUGUGUUGGUCAAAACAUUUUAGUAAGAUUGGGAUUUGUUUGAUCCCAAAAAGUAGGAUUAUUCUGAUCCCAUCAGAAGGGUGGAUUUCAGGAACAAAUAUGUAAUAAAGCUUCCAAUAAAAUGUUACUAAAACAUAGAAACCUACAGUUAGUCUACAAUACAACAUUUGUAUUAAGUAAUAUUUAUAAAUUUAUCAUUUGUUUGUUGAAAUUUUGUUCAGUUCAGUUUAAUGAUAAAGUAUUCAAAGUAUAACAUUGGGCUAUAUUAAACCUUCCAGUCAAUUGAGAAAAAAAGUCCAAAUAAAUCCCUUAUACAGCAGACAAUAGCAAACCAAAAUUUAUUUUAACAAAAGUAACCUUCAACUGUCAUUUGGCACUGUACAUUAUAUUCAUUAAAUCACAACCAUCAGAAACCAAACAGUCAAAAGUUUUAACAACCAGCAUUUCUACAAAUGUAAACUACCGGACAUUUAACCUCUUUAUGACUAAAAAAAAAACAGAAGCACAGACUGAAUGUUAAAUUAAAACAACACAACUUUCGCUUAUUUUUUAUUUUAUUGUUUUUAUUUUAUACCCCAUACAAACCAAACUACCUGCUCUUUCUUACAUAGCUAAUAUUCAACAUUGACAUGUGAUCCCAUUUAAUCCAGAUUUGCUAAUCUGAAAAAGUGUGUAUUUGGAUCAGGGUGAUCCAAUCCAAUCCAAAACCAAGACAAAAGUGAGAUGGUUUACCUGAUCCUGGAUAGCAAAACAUGGGAUUUCCAAAUCUGGAUAAUUUUGAUCCAGAUUAAAUUUAUUGAACAACUGGCCCCUGGAAUUAUUCAUAUUCCUAAAAUGUAUAAGACUCCCAUCCUGCCUGGGCCAUAUGAAUAGAGGACCUUUCUGAGCCACCCUCAUUGACACACAUCCUUAUCGACUGUUUUCCGUAUAACAUGAAUGUGACGAGAUAAACCUCACCAGCCAUUUCCAGUUAACUUGUGAUUCAUGCUAGAAUAUGUUACACCAUAUGAAUCAUAAACAACUCGUAAGGAAAAACUCAGUAAAAUUAAGCAACGCAGUACGCCCACAUGACGUCAUUUACAUUGGUAGCGACGCGACAGAGACGCGUUCGCUUGUAGUGUCAAGACAGAUGGUUUAAACGGGAGUUUUAUGAAGUGUUUUUAACUCGUGUGUAGCCUAUUUCUCGUUGCCUGUUGUCACUUGAAUGAAUGAUGGUGGGGUUUUUAGCUCUUGAGCACUUAAAAUCAAACCAAGGAAUCCUCAAGAUCGUUCAGCUCGUGAUUCUCGUUGUCGCGUUCGCGUGCGUUCACAGCACAUGGUACAGCAGCAUUUAUGCCUAUGGUUUCUUUGAAGGGGUCACACUGGGUUACUCUGUGGCAAUCGCACUUUUCUUAAUACUCACGGUUCUUGGAGCUCCGAAGAGGAUAGAGUUUGUGAAGUGGACUGUUGUUGAGUUUGUGUUGGAUAUACUGGGAUUUGUUUUUGUCACCACUGGUUCCAUUGUAGCAGCUGUAAAGUCUUGUGAAGCUACCAUUUUAGUUGCAGCUUCGGUUUGUGGUUUACUUGUGUCGUAUCUUAUAGCAGGAAGUGUAAUGCUCUCAUACUUUGCCACCCGCCAUUCAAACCCCGAAAAUCAACCAGUAUAAAGAAAUCUUCAAGAUGGUUCAGAAAUGUAUGGAUUAUUCUAAAAUAUCUUACGGUUUCAAACUAAAAAGGUGCUGCUGAGGAAAUAAAUUGAGGUCAAAUUCUU